AAUGUUGCCGAGGAAUUAGAAGAAAGGAAAGGAGAGAGAAAGAGUAAGGGUGGGCUUUCUUUAUCCAGGGCAUUAAGAGGUACGGGAACCCUAGCAAAUCUUUGUUGCUAUUGUUGUUUUCUUUCAAAAUGAUAUACUAACUACAGUCCCUCUUUUCGGAAGAGGCUGAGGUCGCUUGGAGGAUUGAACUGGGUUGCCUGAGGGAGGGUUAUAUUAAAAAAAAUAAUUGAAUGAAUACUGGACUGCCUGAAAAAUGUCACGUCAGGUACUUGAAGAAACAUUCAUUUCCUUCACAAGUGGAGUCAGGGAACAGAUGAAGGAAAAGAAAAAUGGUGUAUUGAAGACGGCAAAGCUGAAUGCUUCUAUUGCAUCAAAGAUCAAAACAAAAACUAUAAAUAACUCCUCUAUAAUUAAGUUCUCCCUAAAACAGAACAACAAAGCAUUGGCUCUGGCUCUCAAUGCUGCAAAGGGAGCUAGUCAAAGACUAACUGUUGAGAAGCUGCUACUGCAGAAAGAACUGGAGUCAUGUCACUUUGAAAAUGCUUCCCUGCGCCGAAGGCUCUUCUCUGUGAACAAAUCUAUUAAUGAACUGCAUCAAUAUAUGAACAGCCACUUGCAAAAAGCAAUCAAGCUGAGCAGACCUCAGGAUGAAGAGGAUGGCAUUGCGUUGGCACCUGACCCGGACACACCUUUUGGUGAAAACCUUUUAAGAACACCACGAUGUCCCAGGAACGGCUUGCUGUCCGUCUUGAGUAACAGUUCACCCCUGCAGCACGUGACUCGGAGGAAGAAACGCAGAAUAAGCCCAUCAGCUGCAUCUGGAGGUGAUUCUCAAAAGAAGUCCUCAGAUAUGCUUCAGUGGACAAAGGAAUCCGAGCAGGUUGUUAAAGACUAUAUUGAAGUCGGUCAGGUUGGUGAGCUUUUGGCACCGGACACCAAUAAUAAAAGCAAUGAGACGAUCAAAGCCAAUGAAACCACAGCUGUAAAAGAAGUGAGUGCGGGGAAUGUGCGCAGGAGUUCUUCUGCUGUCAGGCAGCCGAAAGGACAUUUGGAUAAUUGUAGCAGCGGAAGAAGGAAUACUUUUGUGGCAGUACCACACAAAACCUCUGAAUCGAACAGUAGCGCCAUGACAAUUCCAGAGCCUGCACGUCACACCGAAGAGUCAAGUCAAGUCUAUUCUCGGGAAGAAAGGCUGCCACUGAACAGCUGUGGUCAGAAGGAGGCGGAUAGUAACCAGCACUGUAAUAAAGGCAGAGGUUGCAGAAGGACCUAUGUGGUGGACCAGACUUCUCUAAGCAAUGUAGAUGACUGCAGUGCUUUGAUCCAGGAAACAAAAAAAAGAACAUUCUUGGGGAAAAUGAAGAAUCUAGAAAGUCAGUUCCAAAGUGCAGAGUCUAGCUCAUUAAGCACUGUAUUAGAUGGGAAAAGCUAUGCCUGCAAUGAGAAGCAUACUCCCCCGUGUUCUGAUAAAACCAGGAGUUGUAGAAAGACCUCUGUGUUAGAGCCAGCUCCUUUAGAUUAUCAGAACAAUUGUGAUCCCAUUGCACACGAAGGAAAUGCACCCCCGGAAAACUUAGAUGAUCGAGGAAUUGUGUUCCGAAGUCCGGAGUUUAGCUUGUUAAGCAACAAGGCACCACUGCAUGCUCUUGGUACGAAGCAGUUGGUUGGUUUCCAAAAGCAGAUUCCUGGCGGAGAAGCAACACUGGAUCUGAAUGCGAAGCAUAAAAAACCCAAGAAGACGACCCAGGAAAUUUGUUUACAACAGGAGAUCAGUGAGAUGGAGCUACAGAGCUUCAGUGUUGGGGUUCCCUGGAAGAAAGACUACACCCUGAAGUUAAGCAGGAGAACAUGUGCUGUAAAUGAUGUGUCAAAAGAGAAUGUUGCUUCUCUUUUUGCCCUUCAGAACUCGGAGGAACAUGAAAUCACUUCAGCAGAUCAGAGCACAAGGUCCUCCAAGAUUCGACCAAUUCUGUCCCUCUGGAAUCGCAUCCAACACGGCCAAGAAGACAGACAAAAGUUUGCUAUGCACUGCCCAAGAUUAACACCAAACUGAGGCGUGGUGACCCAUUUACAUUUUCUAUCUACCCUGAGUCCUCUGUGCACCACACUAAAAGGAAGAAGUUGACC